AUAAAUUUGAUUCAAUACCGAGUACAAGUAUUGACAAUUCUAAGGACAUAACAUCCCUAUCAGUUGUUCUUCUUUGAUUAUAUUACGUUAUCAUAUAAUAACGAGUUGCAUUAUCAAAAUUUAAAUUGCCACCAGAGCAUAAACAAAUAAAACAUGAUUUGAUGUAAGCUUAAUAGGUAGUCCUUAUACAAUAACUUAAAUUAAAACAAGUUCUCACUUUUUUUAAAUAAUUAGAAGUGUUUACUUUGUAUUGGUUUUUAAUUGUAAAUUAAAAAUUUUAUGAAUCACUAGAAACUUAAGCACCUUUUUUUCAAUAAUUUAAUAAAACUAUAUCUUAUUUUGUUGGUCAAAAUUUGAGAUUUUUGACGGAUAUUACGUCUACUAAAAAAUGUUAUCAACAUUAAAACGUUUUACUAGUAAAACAGAAAAUAAAGAUGCUACUAUUCAAUCUACAGGCCACCCCAAAGUUUUAUCUCAAGAUUUACAACGAAAUUUUUCAAAAGGCAUUCAAUACAACUGUUGUAAAAAUAGUAAUUAAAGGUGAUAGAAACGUAGGAAAAACCUGUCUAUGGAAUCGAUUGCAAGGCAAACCUUUUAUUGCCAACUAUGAAGAAACUGAUGAAAUUCAAGUUGCCCAUAUUAAAUGGAACUAUAAGAAUACUGAAGAUGUUGUUAAAGUAGAAGUGUGGGAUGUUGUUGAUAAAGGAAAGAAACGUUCAAUGUCAUCAAAGCCAAGUGAUAUUCUGAAAACUGAACAUACUAAAACCAUGGUAUCGCCAAUUCAAGUUGAAAACACUCCAGCAUUAGAUGCUGAACUUGUUGAUGUUUACAGAUACACAAAUGGAGUUCUAUUAGUACUGGAUAUCACCAAAAGAUGGACACUAGAUUAUGUUUACAAUGAACUACCUAAAAUUCCAGAUAAUAUUCCUAUAUUAGUAUUAGGAAAUCACUGUGAUAUGAAUCAUCAUCGAAGUAUUAAUUCUGAUGAAAUUGUUUACUACCUUAAUUCGUUACAAAGGGGUAGUUUUGUUCGCUAUGCUGAGGCCUCCAUGUCAAAUGGAUUUGGCCUUAAACUAAUAUAUAAAUGGAUUGGUAUAUCAUUCUUGCAACUGCAGCGUGAGAAUAUUAUAAAUCAUUUAGAAACCAAUGAACGAGAAACGAAAAUAAUGACUAUGGAAUUGGAUGUUUAUCAACAGAGUAAUGAAGCUAAUUAUGAUAUGUUUAUUUCAAGGCUUUCAAAUCAAAGAAGAACUGAUGCAGAAAAUAAAUCUGUAACUCCAACAUUACCAUUACCGUUGUUAAAUGCACCAUCACCUAAUACAAAUAAUAAAAAAUCUUCAAAAGUUAAUCAAAAGCAAUUUCUUGAUGAUUUUAAGACUCAAAAUAUUUGUAAAAAAAUAUUUCCCUUAAAUAAAUUAGAUGAUCUCCAAAGUGUUAUAAAAGUAAAUAUAGAAGAUACAAAGGAAGAUUCGGUGAUAAACAAUCGAAAACAACAUAAUGAUAGCAACAAUUUAGAUGAUUUUGUACCAGAUGAUGUGUUGGAUAAAUCAUUUUUAGAUGAUACAAGCCAUGGUGAUAUUGUUAUUAAAGGAAAUAAAGAGAUUGAUUUAGAUUCUGAUAGUGAUGAUAAUUCUGGAAAUCCCAUGGUAACAUGUUAUCAAGCUGAUAUUGAUCCAGAUGAUAUUUUGCCCGGCAUAUCAGACAUUAAGAUUGAUAAAAAUAUAAGUAAAUAUGAUACUUUGAAGGAUUCUGAAAAAUGGUCUUCUAUCCAAAAUACUAUGAGACCAAGACCAGAAGGAGGGGAAGAUAAAUUAACAUCAUCAAAUGACUGUUAUAACUCAUUGAAUACAGAAAACCAAAGCAAAGAAAAAAAAAUCAAACUAAAGGGAGAGAAACGCAAAAAAAAAAGGGAAAGUUUAAAAUCAGACAGUGAUAAUUUGGAACAAUUUCUUAGGGAUGUAUCUUAAGUUCAAAUAUAUAUUUAAAAUUUGUUAUUGUCAUUAUAUUAUUAUUGUUGUUUGAUAAUUUAUAUUUAAAUUUAUUAAUUUUGAUCUUUAUUAGUAUUUUAUAUUUUGCUUUUUGUUAAUUUAUAUAUUUUAUUUAUUAAAUUUUAGUUGAACAUA